AUGGAUUCUGAGUUGGCAAAUGAUUUGGGUAAUGUUAGGGUAGCUGAGUUGGAGGUCGAUACAUCUGAUGUGGCACAUAAGUUAGUGUAUCAGUUGGAAACACCAAAUGUAGAUGCUGUUGUUGGGGAAAUGGGACCACCAAACACAUAUACGGGUUAUAAAGAAUGUGUAAGUGCUAACCCUAGAUCUGAAACAACUACCUUAGCUUCUCUUUCUGCCCUAAACCUUACACCAAAUGAGAUAGCCCAAAUAGAGAACCAAAUUUCUGAUAUUGAGGUUGAGGAUAACAGUGAUGAUGAUUACAAUGAAAAUGUAGUAUAUGGUUUCGAUGAUGUUUUUAUUGGUGAGGAUGAAAUUAGGUUGAUAGUAGAUAAGGAAAUUGAUGAAGAAAACAACAGAGACAUAUACGUUAAUGAUGAUGAACUGGAGUCCGAUGAUGAUUUGGGUGCUUUGAAUGUGAAUGAGGAAGGUAUAGUAAGCUGUGCCACAUUUAAUCCCGAGGUUGAUUUUAAGGGUAAGAUCAAUUUGUCGUUAGGUCUUAAGUUUCCUUCGAUAUAUGUGUUUAGAAAAGCAUUAAGGUACCAUGCUGUUGAAUGUGGUUACAAUUAUUAUUACUUGCAUAAUGGUAGUAGUAGGAUAACCGUGUAUUGCUACAAUAGAUGUGAUUGUCUGAAAUCGAAAGCUAGAAUUGUAAAUUGUGUUUGUGGGAAGGAUAAGAGGAGUUAUAUUCCCGAGCACACUUGUGGUCACCAACACAUUAAUAACAAAGUCACUGCGUUGUAUUUAGCUGAGAAAUACAUAGAGGAUUGGAGGGAAAAUCCAAAUUGGGAUUUAAGGGCAUUUAUGAAACGGGUUAAUAGAGAGAUAGGUUGUGAAGUGAAGUAUUGUAAGUGUUACAUGGCUAAAAGAAUUGCUAAGAAAAUGAUCGUUGGUGAUGCUAGUGAAGAGUACAGUAGGGUGUGGGAUUAUGCUGAAGCGAUAAGGAGGUUUAACCCAGGAAGCACUGCAAUCGUGAAAUGCAUUGGAAUAGAAACACCUCCACCCUUGUUUCAAAGGAUGUAUAUAUGUUUGCCAGCAUGUAAAGAGGGUUUUGUUGCUGGAUGUAGGCCUAUUAUAGGUGUGGAUGGGGCACAUUUGAAGGGAGAAUUCCCUGGGGUUUUACUUACUGCUGUAGGUAAGGAUGGGAACAAUAACAUCUUCCCUGUUGCAUGGGCUGUGGUAGAAACCGAAAAUGUAGAAACCUGGACUUGGUUUCUAAAUCUCCUCGUAGAAUACCUGAAGUCGGUUAGUCCAUCGAGUAGUUGUGCACGAGCUGGAUGUGAAGAUUUUACCUUCAUGAGCGAUAGGCAAAAGGGUUUGAUUGAAGCUUUGAAUUCAGUAGUUCCUGAAGCUGAAAUUAGGUUUUGUUGUAGGCAUAUUUGGGCUAAUUUCAAGGUCAAGUUUCCCGGAGAGUUGUACAAACAACACUUUUGGAGAGCAGCAAGAUCUUACAACAAGUUUCAUUUUGAUAAGGAAAUGAUUGCAAUAAAGAAUAUUUCUGUUGAGGCACAUGCAUAUUUAUCUGCUAUUCCCGCAAAACAUUGGUCUAGGCAUGCCUUUUGUAGUAGGAGUAAAUCUGGCAUGUUGUUGAAUAAUAUUUGUGAGUCAUUCAACAACGUCUUAUUAGAAGCUAGAGGGAAGCCAAUUAUUUCUCUUAUGGAGUGGAUUAGGAGAUAUGUGAUGCAAAGGAGUGCAGCCAAACGAGAAGGGUUGGGUAAAUUUAAAGGUGUGUUGAUGCCAGCUGUCACCAAAAUGAUUGAAAAAAAUUCAAAAGAAAUAUAUGGUUUGAGGGUAAUCCCAGUAGAUGUGUCUGAGUUUGAGGUGGAUGAUGAUGAAAAAAGUUACGUUGUAAACUUGACCAACAAGACAUGCCUUUGUGGAAGUUGGAAUCUUAUUGGGAUCCCUUGCAAACAUGCCAUGGCUUGUAUUCUUAUUAGAAAAUUAGAUGCUAGUGAAUUUGUCAAUGAGGCGUAUCUUGUAGAAACGUAA